AUGUUUUACGACAAGAAGGUGUCGUUGACUGUAGGGGGAGGUUCAGGUUGGGGAUUUGGAGCUACAAUCGGAGGAAGAGAGCCCGUAAGAUGGGAAUCGAUGACAGCGAACAUAUGGAAAGGUGGUUUGGAAGUGGUCAACGAUGCAUUCGUUGGCGUUGAGUGUAUCGUUGCUUCUGAAGUAAUCGAACACCUCCCGCCCGAUGUCUUCCCGUUUUUCUCCCCGGUGCUGCUAGGGAUCUAUCAACCUCGCCUGCUGUUGAUCACCACGCCUUCCUAUACAUUCAAUGCACGAUUCACUGCCCCAGAUGCACCUCUGAACCGAAAAUCAUGA